GAAACCCUGCAGCACGGGAAGAACAUGCGUAAGUACUAGAUGUGUUGGGCAAAUUAACAUGUAACAUUUUAAUUAUAUUCUGCUGAAAUGAACGUGACGACUCGAGGAAAAAAAGACUCAUUCAUUUUGCUGAGCGAGAUUCAAAGAUCCGAGGCAGUAAAAUGAUCCGAACUUCCCAUCACUAGGCUCUGUGUAAAUUAUUACUAGAGAAAAACAUAUCCGAUGAGCGCAUGAAUAAGAACCUGUGAUUUGCCUUGCAGCCGGAACUACUGUAGUACUGACCUGCUCUUAUAGGAUAUGACGCAACAUCUUCUGACCAAUCAGAUUCCAGAAUUCAACAUAAGCCGCCGCAACUGUACGUGACGUCGCUGCAUUUACGCCUGCGUCUUUCAGACCAAUCAGACGAGAAAACAGAACUAAAGUCCCGCCCAUUUAUAGAUCUUGGCCAAUGCCGUUCGUAUUCAGUUGCAUACGUAAGGAAAAAAACAGUCAAGCCCUGUAGAAUGUGUAACAUGGCCGUCUGGAGGGAGAGGAGUACAAGGUUUAGGGGACAGAUAUUCGGCAUUAGUUCAGCUGUGAGACUGACGGAUGAUGCUACGAUUUAUUCAUGAUGUAACUAUUCUUUUCUAUUAGUGGUCUCGGCCCAUGAGAAUAAUUCUGGCUCGUUAGAAAGCAGUGUAGCGGAAGGGGAACCAGUGGCGGCGGUUGACGCUCACUGCAUGCACGCUGUCUCUCAGAGCGAGGUUGCUGUUUCUCUUCUCACACUGGCAGUACUGUUAGGAUUAGCGUUUGGGGGCCGGCGGACGUGUUUACCUGCAGCAGGACGGGACUCGGCCCUGACGACCAGCGCCGCGUCUCCUCACGGAGCAUGGUGAGAGAGCACGGGUCACCAUGGAGCUGCACGAUAAGAUGCAGGAGGAAGGAGUGACUGUGUUGGGUCUGACUACAGCCCAGGCUUUAGGAACACUCCGGGAUCAGCUCUCCAGCCUCCUGGAGCAGCAUCAGAAGCCCAGCCAGCGUAGAUCCACCAUCCAGGAGCUGUGGGCGAAGAGUUUCCUCCACCAUAAUGACCGUCACUCCUGCUUCCAUUGGCCUGGAGCUGCUUUCAUGUUGCUCGUAGUCUUGGGAUUGCUGUGUUGCCAUGGCAAGCAGCCAAAGGGCAGUGAAGGCAUUGAAUUGGUGAAUGCAGGAGCGCUCUUUCUCCUGCUACUGCUCAACCUCGUCCUUAUUGGACGUCAGCAGAGACUGAAGAAGAGCGAGAUGUUGCGGCGACUGAAGUCCAUCAUUUCAGAUCUGAAUGCUCACUUGGAAGGGAGUGGAGGACAGCCAAUCAGAUGGGCCUCUUCUCGAUACCCUGACUUGUACACACCUUCCUCUCUGUCCUGGUCUCUGCACUGGACGUACCGUGACGAGCAGUUGGUUAACCUACCUGUCAGUCUGUUGGUGGAAGGUGAUGUCAUUGCUCUCAGGCCAGGCCAGGAAGCAUUCGUCUCUCUUAGAGGCAUUAAGGAUGAUGAACACAUUGUGCUGGAGCCCGGAGAUCUGUUUCCUCCAUUCUCCCCUCCUCCCUCCCCUCGAGGAAAUAAUAGAAAGGGGCUCCACAGCCCCCAGCAGCACCGCCUCUUCAGGGUGGUGCGCACACCCAUUCUUGACAAUAUCAGGAACAGUCUUGAUCUCGCUCUCUCUCGACCAGUCACAGCUCUCGAUAAUGAACGCUUCACGGUGCAGUCCCUUAUAGCGAAGUUUGCCUGCCCUGCUGUCCUGGUGGCAUUUUUUACUGUGAACACAAUCCGCUAUUUUUGUGGCACUCCAGGUCUAACACCAGGGCAAUUCAACUUUUUUCAGCUGCAGAUGAUGGGAGUGCUGCCCAUUCUACCUCUGCUGUUUCCUAUCAUGUGGGUCCUGGUCAUCGCUUAUGGAGAGGCACGAGUAUUAGCAGAAUUCAGCCGCAACUCUCCAACAGGCCUGCUGGCUAAGUUCUCUGAGGACACUCUAAGCAGCUACACGGAAGUGAUGUCCUCCCAGGAGAUGCUGCGCUGUGUGUGGAGACAUUUGGUCGGUGUUCUGAAAGGAGAAUCUCAGACACUGUGUUAUACCUCGAGCCUGCUACGCAACCUGGGAUCAGUCACAGUACUAUGCUGUGUGGAUAAGCAGGGUGUUCUGUCCUGGCCCAACCCUAGUCCAGAGACGGUGCUAUUCUUCAGCGGCCGCGUUGAACCGCCUCACGACAGCCAGGAGGAUCUCCGAGACGACCUGUCUGUUAACUCUUUCAGUCGUACAGACGGAGAGGACGACAGAGCUGAGGCUCAGGAAGGUGAGGCUCUCCUCAACGUACACGCCCGUGAACCUGUCCUACAUCUAGUUAACGAGCAGGAGUCCAGUGAGGUGUUGCAUGAUACGGGCCGCUCCUGCGACAUGCACCGUACACGUCGAGGUCCUCAGAACACACGCUCCAAACACCCGUCGGGUUCCAAUGUCAGCUUCAGUCAUGACACUGAGGGCGGAGAGGAGUCCAGCGCUCAGCUGUGUAUCGUUGGUGAUGAUCUGUGUGAGGCGGAGGACUUUGUUUGCGACUAUCAUCUGGAGAUGCUGAGUCUGUCCCAGGACCAGCAGAACCCUGUCAGUAUUCAGUUUGACGACUCGGGCUGGCAGGGCCACUUGUCCUCUCUGAAGCCGUUGGGACUAAACAUCAUGCUGAACCUGUGCAACGCUCGGGUCACGCAGCUGCUAUGCCGCUUCUCGGACCACCUCUCCAACUUGGCACUGCAGGAGAGUCAUGGUGCUGUGCUCCCUGUGCACGUUCCCUGGGGCCUCUGCGAGCUGUCUCGCCUCAUAGGUUUUACUCCCGGCGCACGAGAGCUCUUUAACCAGGAGAACCACUUGGCUUUGUACCAGCUGCCUAACGGAGACAAGGCCAGUGAGUCGUGCACGCGCCGCGUUCACCAGGUCACCAAACGCCAGCCACCUAUUAGUCAUCUGAUCAGCCUGCUAGUGCGAGACAGCACAACCAACAAUGUACAGAUGCUCUCCCACGGCUCGGCUGACCUCAUCCUGGAGGCCUGCACCGACUUCUGGGACGGAACAGACAUCUACCCGCUCUCUGGCUCUGACAGGAAGAAGGUUCUGGAUUUCUACCAGCGUGCAUGCCUGUCUGGUUACUGCUCUGCAUUUGCAUAUAAGCCCAUGCAGGUGGCGCUGUCAAGUCAACUAAACGGGAAGUGUAUAGAGCUGGCGCCCGGCCCAGCACUCUUCUCCGGAGUGGAGCUGCCCGGCACCACGCCCAUCAAACACAGCGGCCGCCGCAACAGCUGGAGCUCAGAUGAGGGUAUAGGCGAGGGCUUGGAGAAGGAGGACUGUGUUCAGGCCCUGAGCGGGCAGAUUUUCAUGGGCAUGGUGUCGUCACAGUUCCAGGCCCGCUUGGACACGGUGCGGCUCAUUGAGAACCUGGUGGGAGCCUGCAUCCGAUUCGUCUACUUCUCCAGGGAGGAUGAGCUGCGCAGCAAGGUGUUUGCAGAGAAGAUGGGUUUGGAAACAGGCUGGAACUGUCACAUCUCUCUGACCCCUAAUGGAGAUGGCCAUGGUGAUGGAGCUCCCUCUAGCCCUAGCCAGGCAGGCUCUCUUCAUGAUGAUCUACUGCCAGAUUCCCGGGAUGAUGCCGAGGGCCCGUUACUCGCCGAGGACGAAGGCCAGUCGGAUCUCGCCAGCUUCCAGGCUACAGAGAGCGACGUGCCCAGCUUCCUCGCUGAUGGCAAUCGAGCCAAGCUGCCUCGUGGCAUCCAUCAGGUCCGCCCUCACCUGAAGAACAUUGACAAUGUGCCACUGCUCGUGCCCCUUUUCACCGACUGCACUCCUGAAACCAUGUGUGAGAUGAUGAAGAUUAUGCAGGAGAACAGAGAGGUGACAUGCUGUUUGGGGAGCUCAGCUAAUUUCCAUAACAGCUGCCUGUUUAUACAGAGUGACCUCAGUAUCUCUCUGGACCCGCUGUACCCAUCUCGGUGCUCAUGGGAGACAUUUGGCUAUGCUUCCGGCAAUGUUGUGAACGAGGAGAUGGAGGAACUGACCCCACUGCGGCUUAGUGCACGUCUCAACAGCCUCAGCUGCUCUGUCACCUUACACCAGGGUGAAAGCUUCAGCCUGGUCAGGCUUAUAGAGCAGGCCAGGCACACCACAUACGGCAUUCGCAAGUGCUUCCUCUUCCUGCUGCAGUGCCAGCUCACGCUGGUCCUCAUUCAGUUCUUGGCUUGUCUUACUCAGCUUCCACCUCCACUAAACAUAACAGACAUUCUUUGGCUUUCCUGCUUCUGUUACCCACUGCUGAGCGUGUCCUUCUUGGGGAAGCCACCAGACAGCUCCGUGAUGACAGUGGCUACUGGGAAAAAUCUAGACGACAUCCCUCGUAAGACUCAGCAGUACUUCCUGGGUUGGUUCCUGCUCAAGUUUGGUCUGACAGUGUGUGUUUACCUGCUGGGAUUUGGAUUCUCCCUGCAGACAGUGUUUGCUAAAAAUGCUAAUGACAGCAUUGUUAACAGUACCCAUAUCUUUACUGCUAGCUCAUCUGAAAAGUGGUUUCAUGAAUUAUCGAAUGGUCUGCUGCUCAUCCAGAAAGUCAUGGCAGGCUUCCUGGCUCUGCAUACUGUGGUUAUUUCUUUUAGCUAUGUGCACCGUUCUCAGCCACUCUGGAGGAAGAAUCCUUUCAGCAACACAUGGUGGUGUCUCACCGUGCCUCUUGUGCUGUUGGGUCAGGUGGUGCAGGCUAUAAUAGAUUAUCAUUUAUGGCACGACAGAAGUAAUAAUGGCAAGACAGGUCUGGACUUUACAUUAAGCCAUGUGCCCAUGGAGGUGUGGCUGCUGGGGUCACUGUCCACUGUGCUGGUGGUGCUGAUCAACGAGGCUGUCAAACUGCACGAGAUCAGGGUCCGUGUGCGUUACCAGAAGAGGCAGAAGCUCCAGUUUGAGACAAAGCUAGGAAUGAACUCUCCUUUCUGAGCUGCUGUAACACGAGUCUUUUUUUGCUGUAAGAUCACUGUUCCCAUUGGUGAGCAGUGGAGUAAGAGGAGUUGUUUUUUUUUUUUUUCUCAGUGCCUCACUCCUGACACUAACUCACAAACUCUGUGCGUUCCAGCAUCGCUUCAAGCCACCAGAAUACCGAGACGGCAUCUAUUCUCCAUCACUAGCUUCCACGUUCAAAUUUUCUUUACCUCUUAUGGUGUGAGUUAUGUGUAUGCAUGCUCCCUGUGGUUUGGCUAGGAGAAAACUGUAGUGUUAUGAGUUUAGUACAAUUGGUGUACAACUAAAGUUAUCUUAAAAAUGACAGGAUGAUUAUAGAUGGACAAUCUCCUUACCUUGUAAUGUAACGGUAUGCAAGACGAGUGUGGAAGUUUUAAUAAGGCACAUUGUGUGUUGACUCGGAUUUUAAUGAUAAGCUAAAGAACUAUAGGACUUAGGAGGAUAUUUUUCGGUGGUUAUAGGUAGCGUUUAGAAAGCAGAAGCAACAUGCUGUUUUGUCUUCAUGUACGUUUCUUCACACCAAAUACUGAGGAAUCUUUUACAUACAUUUAAAUGUCAAUGUUUUUGUACAUCCUUCCAAAUACCUCAUGUCUAAUGCUUGCCACAGAGAUAGUUUUGCACUUACACCAACUCAAGUAAGUUUAUUCAAAUAAAUAAAAAGGUGUGCUUAUCAAACGACACUAUAAGAGUGGAACCGCUUUUAACGAAUGCUCUGACUUGAUAUGUGUCAGCCAAAAUAAGAGCCAAAAUUUUGCUUACUCGCACAUCCUUUGAUCAGAUGGAUCACUAUAGCAAAUCGAUUCUCUACACUUCUGAACUCUAACCAUUUCAUUCGAUUCCACAGAUGACGGUCUUGUUAUGGGUUAUACUGGUGUGAUUGAGUUUAUGGCUGUUCUACCUCUUGCUGAUUGCCUCGAAAAUAUUCUACACCAUCAGUGGCUCAGUGGUCAAGGUAAAGGUUGUGAGCGAGUGAUCAGAAGAUCAAAUCUAAGGCUCUCCAGAGAACCACUUCAGGCUUCUUGAGCAAGGUUCUGAAUCCUCAACGGAGUGUCACGUUGGGUAAAUGCAUCUGCUAAACGAAUAAAUGUAAAUAGAAAUGUUUAAAUCGGGGAAAAAAGGGGGCUUUACUGAUCAAUAUGUGAUUAUUAAUAUGGUUUAUUGAAACUUACCAGCAUUUCUUCUUCCUUAGAGGUGAUGUUCUGUUUAAGGCCAAGCAAAACCUCGCUGUGGCUUUAAUGCAGUGUGGCCACUAAAACAUUGCUUCAGAUUGCCUGCAUCACUUUCUUCCACUUUCUCGCCCAUUUUGCCGACUUCUAAUCUUCCAUGUACUUCUCCUCUCACUGAACACCAUAUAGAGUAGUAUGAGCUCUUCAUGCCUUUUAGCUCUUUUUCAUAUCUAUUAAACUACCUUUAGUAUAGAUGUGUUGUAAGUACUUAUUCCUUAUGCUUAUACAUGACUCCAUCCUACUAGUCUUAACCAGCCUUUACUUAAUAGUCCCUGCAUCUGAUGCACUUAUUUAUUUAUUUAUUUUACGGCACACGUCUGUAUUUUUCAUGGAUAGUGCAUUAUAUUUAAGAAGGCCUUUUCCCACACAGUUGCUGUGUCUGAAUAUGUGCAGAACAUCAUGACUUGUGUCUUUACUGUACUCUUUUCACCAUGUAGGCAGAUCUUCACGUUUAUACACAGAAUGUAUUCAAACAGUGUUGGUCCUCCUGCUAUGUUUCCACCUCAGGGCGGUUUGAAACAUCUGUAUAAGCAUCUGUGUAUCAGACAGGGCAGUGAUAUGAAACAGGCGUUAACUGAGUGAGAGUCUAACUGCUGCUUUAGUGCUGGUAUAGAAAUGAUAGAAGGUGACAUGUUGGGGUAAUCAGCAGAGACGUUUGUAUUAUUUUUGUUGUUGUUUGUUUGUUUUAAUGCACUGAUCAGUUCUGUGUAUU